AUGUCAGGUGCCACAAUCAGGGACGAUUACGAUAACUGGUUCUUCGCAACCAACAAGACGGACAACAAAUGCCCGUCCUUCAACGCCAAAUGCAUCCCGCCCAAGGCGUGCGCUAGGGAUCCCAACACCGGCCAAUGGGUCGACCCUGUCUUGCGGAUCGGGGUCGAACAGUUGGUGCUGUUUGUCUGGAUCAAAUGUACAGAAAGACCGGGUCAAUCCGGCAUCUGCUGGAGCACCCUCCAGAACACCCUCAAACAGAUCAGCGUAGCCGAACUCGAUGCAGCAUUUUCGUCUCUCAGCAGCGCCCAGCCGGCCUCUUCGACGCUUCAAUUUACGCCCUCGACGAUGAUAGCAGCGACGGCGACCAGCGAUGGUGGGCCGGCGUCGGUGACAGACGCGCCGGGUUCGCCCUCGAGCAGCUCUUCGCCCGCGUCCGAGGCCGCCGGUAACGGCAACAGCAGCGGCGGCCUGUCCGCAGGCGCGAUAGCGGGCAUGGUCGUCGGCCUGGUCCUGGGGCUCGCGGUCAUUGCGGCCUCGGGCUUUCUGAUCUGGCAGUGCGUCAAGAGGAGGGACGCACGGGCGAGGGGCGGCGGGGACAUGCACGCCACGAUGGGCGAGCUGGACGGCACGUCGUCUUCGUCGCCGCAGCUUCUCAAGUCGGCGGCCCAGUCGACCGACCGGCCGUAUGGCCAUCACCAGAUCGCGGGCGCACAAGGCGGCGCGGCGGAGGUGAUUGCCAGUGCCGGCGUGGGCCAAACUGCAGAGUUACAGCACGGCAAGGGGUUCUACGCGCCGUCUGAGUUGGACGCGUCGAGCAACGGGGCGGCGGCGGCGGCGCGAGACAUACCAGAAAACAUCAAGAAGCUCCGAGAGUCUAUCAUCGCCAGAGGAGACUGCAAGAAGAAGCUAGCCAGUGGCUUUCGGACAGUCUCCGAAGAUAAAAAGACUGGCUCAUAUUGUGGAGAUUUGCUCGACUCGGCAGGAGUCAUCUACCAGCAGAUGCCUGGCGGUCAGCUGAGUGACAUGGAUAUCGACUGCGACGGGCAGCAGACAGGGCGCCAGAAGGACGAUGGCCGGUGCUCCAAGAGCAAGGAUACGCAGGCCGAGACGUCGUUUGCCGACAUCCUCAAGAGUUACAACGUCAGCAUCAAGGACCUGAACCCCUUUGUGCACUCGUACGUCGUGUUUGGCAACGAAGGCAAGCCCGGCUGGCCCCAGUUCAGGCCCAACCGUGUCAAGACCAAAAACGGGAAGAAGGUCGAGCCGCUCAGUGUCAUGGCCGUUGUGUGCGGCGACAAGAUGUUCUACGGCGUGUGGGGCGACGAAAACGGCCCCGAUGGCGAUCAUCCCAUGAUGGGUGAGGUAGGCAUCGGACUGGCCACGGCCUGCUACGGCUCGUCCGAGAUAGACGGCGACAACGGCCACAGCGAGAACGACGUGCUGUAUCUCGCCUUCACCGGCGAGGAAGCCGUCCCGGGCGCAAGGGGCGCCAGGUGGGACGCCAGCUCGUUUGAAGAGUUCGAAUCCAGCCUGCACCCCAUCGGUGACUCGCUCAUCAAGAGGAUCGACGGCUCUAUCCCCGGAAAGUCGGGCCAUAAUACGACGAGCAUACAGCAUAGAUUCCCGGCGGAAGAGAUUCGCCGGGGUCGUCCUAGGCGGAUCCUCCGCUGUGAGAACCCCGAAAAGCCCGCUGGGUCGACCGAUGCGGACCCACAGACCACUGGGGACAAGCCUCGGUAUAUCGAGCAUCAGGCUCCCGUCCCGGCUGCGGCUGACGAGGGAGCAGUGGGCCCGACGGUGGAGCAUGCCAAGGAAGAGGAGAGCCGGGACAGUCUCAAGAUGGAGACGAGCGGAGGAGUCAAGGACAAUGGUGACAUGGGUGAAAAACCCAAAGAUCCCCCCAAGGACGACAAACCAAAAGACCCGCCCAAGGAUGACAAGCCCAAGGAUCCUCCCAAGGAUGACAAGCCCAAAGACCCCCCCAAGGCGGAGCCUCAAAAGCCCAGGCCCGACGGCAGCAUGGACAGUUUGAAGAUGGAGACAGGGCCGGGUAUCAAGGAUAACGGCGAUAUGGGCGAAAAGAAGCCUGAUGACAAGAAACCAGAUGACAAAAAGCCCGAUGAUAAGAAGCCGGAUGACAAGAAGCCGGAUGACAAGAAGCCGGAUGACAAGAAACCAGAUGAUAAAAAGCCCAACGACAAGGACAAGCCAAAACUGAGUCCCCAAGGCUUCGAGAUCAUUGAUCCAAUGGCGAAAGACUAUAAUAGAUGGGACAAGGGCCUUGAAGGGGAUGGCAAACCAGAUGACAAAAAGCCUGACGACAAAAAGCCCGAAGACAAAGGAAAGCCCAAGAUGAGCCCUCAAGGCUUCGAGAUUAUCGAUCCGCUGGCCAAGAACUACAACAGAUGGGAAAAGGGCUUCGAGGGAGAUGGUAAGCCUGACGCUAAACCUGAGGCCAAACCAGAGGCGAAACCCGAUGCCAAGCCCGAACAGAAACCCGCAACCCCCAAGGACGACAAGAAAGAGGCGGAAAAGAAGGAAGCAGAGAAAAAGGCGGCAGAAGCAGCAGCCAAGAAGGAAGCCGACAAGAAAGAGCCAGAGAAGAAGAAUAUCGAGCUCAGGCAGAGCAAGCUGCCCAUCGCCAAGCGGCCAGAAGUCGAAGGAUUCAUGAAAUAG